UAAAAUCUCAAACCGAUAAAUCAAAAACAAAAAUAUUUUCACAAAAAUAAAAAUACCUUAAGUGCGUUGCAUUAAAUUAAUACGAAAAUUAUUAUUUAAUUGAGAAAAAAAAAUGUCGAAAAUAUUUACACCAACUAAUCAAAUUCGUUUGACAAAUGUUGCAAUUGUUCGCUUGAAAAAAGGUGGAAAACGUUUCGAAAUUGCUUGUUAUAAAAACAAAGUUUUAUCAUGGAGAAGUAAUGUUGAAAAGGACAUCGACGAGGUUCUACAAACCCACACCGUCUUCACAAACGUCUCAAAAGGUCAAGCAGCCAAAAAAGAUGAACUCAUCAAAGCAUUUGGCAAAUCCGAUGAAACUGAAAUUUGCAAAGAAAUCCUAAGCAAGGGAGAAUUGCAAAUUUCAGAUAAAGAAAGACAAUCAGCCAUGGAUACACAGUUUAAUAGUGUAGUCAAUAGUGUGGCUGCAUUGUGCGUUAAUCCUGAAACACGACGUCCAUAUCCGAGUACGAUUAUCGAGAAGUCUCUCAAAGAAGCACAUUUCUCGGUGAAAUUGAACAAGAACACAAAACAACAAACACUGGAAGCAAUUAAAUUGCUUAAAGAACAACAAUUUCCACUUGAUCGAUCAAGAAUGAAGGUUAAGGUGACUUUUCCAGGCAAAGAUGCCGCAAAAUCGAAGGAUGCUCUUGUGAAAUUAGCCACGCGUGUCGAGAAUGAAGAAUGGGAAGAUUCAACAUUGAAUCUUGUCUUACUUAUUGAUCCUGGCAAUUAUAGAAAUAUCGAUGAACUGGUUAGGACUGCUUCGAAAGGCAAAGGACUUGUUGAGUUGUUGGAACUCAAAGAAGUCGUCGAGAGUGAAGAAAUUUUUUAGAUUCGUUGAUUUAUUCUCCGUUUUUGUACUGCAAAUGUUCUCGUUUAUACGUUUAUAUAUUUUUUUAAAUAAUUUUGUUACAACAAUAAAAAUUGCAUUAUUAUAAAUA